ACACCUAACAUGUGAUAGGAAGUUAGAUAGUCAUGUGGACAUGAAGGCGUGGUUUCAGUGAGGUGGCUGUUGUCAGGCAGAAGAAGAAGCACCAGCAGCUCGUAUCGGGAGUGUAUCUGGCUGACUUAUUCAUUUUAAUUAUUUUAGAUAUGGACAUCCACAAGCCCAGGAGCAGCAACCAGACUUCGCCUUCCCUGAAGUUGUCAAAUGGCUACAUUCUACCUGAGGGGAAACUGACCCCCAACGCCCUCUUUGUUGGUGGGAUUGACAUGAAGGUGGAUGAAAAUGAAAUCCGGGACUUCUUUGCGAGAUAUGGUCCUGUUAAGGAAGUCAAAAUUAUCACAUACCGUGGAGGGAUCUGCAAAGGGUACGGGUUUGUGUACUUCAAUGAAGAUGUCAACAUUCAGUCAAUCAUUGAGCAACAGAUCAGUUUUAAGGGACGGAAACUCAAGCUGGGCCCUGCAAUCAUGAAAGAAAGGAGCUCUCGGUCCAUGCCAUCCCGUCUGUUUGGCCCGGCUCCCUGGAUGAGCCCCACUCAGUACCUUUGCUGCUCCUGCUGCUCACCCAUGGGAGGGGGUGUGACACAACCUUCGCCCAUCAUCAACGGAGGCAGCCUCUACAAUCAGCCGUACUCCUACUCCAACUUUGGAGGGGUCAUGAUCCCACAGAUGCCAAUGAACUACGCACAGAAUGCCUACGCCUACCAGUACACUCCACCUCACUGGAUGCCGGACCAGAGGACACAGCCUGUCAAUCAGAGCUAUGUGGACUGUGGAGUCCAGACUAUGAUGACUGUGCUGUAGUCCACAGCUACUGAGCCCCCUCUCAGAUGCACGCUACAGUGGCUACAGUGAGUCAAAACGCAGACAGGAUGACAUCUUGAUGUUCCGGACGGCUGGAAGCAACCCGACGCCUCUCACUGUUUCCCUGAACGCCCUCCUCUCUCCUCCCCUUUCCCUCGAUGCUUGAGACCCAUUUUAACACCAGACUGCAGGAGCUCUCCACUACUAGUUUGAUCACAAUCACUUUGACCACGGCUGGUAGGGACCGCCGUCGUGUGGUCAAACCGCUUUUAACCCACACGGAUCACAGUGACACAGGAAGAGCAGAGCACCCCUCACCGUACCAGCUGGGCUCACAUUCUUUUUUUUAUUUUCCUUUGUUUAUUAUCCCAAAGAAAAUAUGCGAAAGACUUUUAAGCUCACCUUUUGUGCCUAUUUAUAUUUUAUGUUUUAUUAUUUAUUUUUGGAAUUAUUUUAAAUGUUUGUUUGGUUUGGGCUUUUUUAGCCUCCGCAAGGGCUCUCUGUCAAUGCUGACAUCUUUCAGUAUUGAAUGCUACUUAAACUCCAGUUCAGGUCUAAUGCUCCUCUGAUUAAGAAGCUUCAUUAACUUGUCUACUACUGCAUAAGGGCACUUGGUCAUUCCAUUAAUUUCAAACACAUUUAUUCCGCACUCUAUUUUAUUUAAUUGGGUGUCAAUUGAGGCAGUGAAUGAACAGCACAUUAUAGCGCCUCAUCAGUAUCACUGAUUUCUUGUCUUGGUCAAACGCCAGAUUACUCAAGUUCCAAAGAGCGGCACACCGAUCAUCUGCGUGUUGCCUUUCUAAACCGUCCCAUCCUGUGACUGGAAACGGUUCACGCUCGAGGACAAUCACGGCAUACAUUUUUUAUUUCCCAUUAUUUGUCAAUCAACUUAUAUUUGGAAGGAAAAAAAAGUGGAAAGCAGUUUUAAUCCACUUUAAAAAAUGAAGGACAUGAUUUAAAAUAAGGUGCUCUCUGUUUCUUUGGGGCAAAACGUUCACUGUACAUGGUUCACUUUAUACCGGUUGUUUCUCUCUUUGGGUUUUAAUAGGCGCAGGUGAUUUUGCACUAAAGUAUUUUACUGUCAUUGUAUGAGUGAUUAUUUUAUAUAUAUUAUUUUCAGCACUUCAUUUGUUUUCUGUUUUGCACUAAAAGAGCAGCUUUGUACGGUUACAGAUGCACAUUUGUUUUUCGGUGUACAUCACAUUUUCUUUCUCUUGGCACAGUUCUGCUUAGUUUUAUUGGGGCAUUAACCUCAGGGUCUCCUGUGUGCAGACAUCUGAUUGUAUCUAGAAUUGUUCAGAGAGCCUGGGCACUGCACUGUUAGGUUUGGUUAAAUUGUUACUGUUCGUGUUUUGCAGGGUUUGGUUGUUUUUGUUUGGAAAAAUAAAAGUUGAAGUACAUUAUCAUUUAA